UUAUGACGGAGAGUUGAGUUGAGCGCUUUUCGAAAUCAGUUUCAGUACCACUUUGUCCGUUCGCGAUUGCGUGCUCCGUAGGUCGUCUUCUCUCCGGUGGCUCAGCAGCACCACGGUACCUCAGCACCACAUAAGAACCACCUUAAUCAGCUGUUCGGAGCCCACUAACUACUUACUCCGUGCUCGGUGGUUGCCGACGAAGAACGUGCCAAGACAGAGUGCCAAAGUGGGUGAAGAGCGACAGUGGCGGGUUCAAAAAAGCGAGGUCCGACCCACCGUAAACCGAAAACUGCGAGUAUUGGCCCCGUGUAAAUCGCCAUCAAAAAUGUACGUGCGUGUUAUUGGCGCAGAAUCUAUUUCGAAAAUCAGCUUUAAGCAACCACGACUGCCCCGAGUGAUUCCGAUUGUCACCGAGAAGAACAGAGAGCCGGCCACCACAGCAAUUUAACGACACCACCGAUCACAGAAUUUACACCUGUCCCAGCCGCAAGUAGCGCCGCCUGCAACCACCCACCACCACCCACUGGAUGGAUCUGAAGCACAGCGCCAGUGGAGCUGCCGAAAACAGCGAGACCUUCGUAGCCACCAGCAAGUCCACAGACAUGAUCACGCCCAAGGACAAGGAGGGCAAGGCGGCCAAGGCAGCCGGCGGACAAAAUGCCCCAGCCGAAGGCUACAAAGUUUACGCCCGCCGCUGGGCGGUGCUCGCUCUCUUUGUGUUGUAUUCAUCCUCGAAUGCCAUGCAGUGGAUACAAUACACCAUCAUCAACAACAUAAUAACACGCUACUAUGGCAUCAGCGAUAAAUGGGUGGACUGGACGUCCAUGAUUUAUAUGAUCCUCUACAUACCGCUCAUAUUCCCCGGCAGUUGGUUUUUGGAUAAAGUGGGUCUCCGCAUAACCGCCCUGGUGGGGAUUGUGGGCACUUGUGUGGGCGCCUGGAUCAAGGUCUUCUCGGUGGAUCCGUCGCUCUUCUAUGUGAGCUUCAUCGGCCAGUCGAUCGUGGCUCUGGCCCAGGUGUGCAUCCUGUCGCUGCCCGCCCGUUUGGCUGCCGUGUGGUUCGGUCCCGACCAGGUGUCCUCGGCCACCAGCGUGGGAGUCUUUGGCAACCAGCUGGGCGUGGCCGUUGGCUUUGUGCUGCCACCCAUGCUGGUGCCAAAUUCCCCGGAUCUGGAGACGGUGGGCAGUGAUCUGCAGAUGAUGUUCUACUUGGUGGCCGGUCUCACCAGCAUCCUGCUAGUCCUGAUGGUCUUUUUUUUCCAGGACAAACCGCCCACUCCGCCCUCCGCCGCCCAGGAGGCGGCCCAACUUUUGGAGAGUUCCGGCGAGGAGCAAGUCAGCUUCAUGCAGUCGCUGAAGAACUUGAUGACCAACCGAAACUUCAUCUUCCUACUGCUGUCCUACGGCAUAAACGUGGGCGUCUUUUACGCCAUUUCCACGCUCCUGAAUCCGGUGGUGCUGAAGUAUUAUCCCGGCCACGAGGUGGACGCCGGACGAAUUGGCCUCAGCAUCGUGCUGGCCGGCAUGCUGGGUUCCGUGGUAUCGGGCAUUGUGCUGGAUAAGACGCACAAGUUCAAGGAAACAACGCUGGCCGUCUACGCGCUGUCCAUGGUGGGCAUGUGGAUCUUCACCUUCACCCUGGACACGGGUCACAUCGCGGUGGUCUAUCUGACGGCAUCGCUGCUGGGCUUUUUCAUGACUGGCUACCUGCCGGUGGGCUUUGAGUUCGGAGCCGAGCUCACGUUCCCGGAGCCCGAGGGCACCUCCUCCGGCCUGCUAAACGCCUCCGCCCAGACCUUCGGCAUCUGCUUCACGCUCUUCUACUCGGAGCUGUUCACCACAUUCGGAGACAUUGCCGCCAACAUAACCAUGGCCGUGAUGCUGAUUGUGGGCACCAUCAUUACGGCCACCACCCAGUCGGAUCUGCGGCGGCAGAACGCCCAGGUGCCCGCCAGCGGGGCCAUCAAUCCGUAAGGAACUCACGCCGGACCGGUGACUGUCUUUUAUGUAUAGUAUUCUACGCAUAUCGUUUUACCGUUUAAUUUAUUUAAUUGUUUACUGUACAUUCCGUUGUAGCCUUAAGUGUUGAAUUUUAAAAUGUUCAUUAAAGGUGCAUAGCAACAUACACGCCAAC